CACAAUAUCUCACCACUUGCUCUCUGGAAAUGCUUCAGAUGGGCUUCUUGUUAAGGACCGCUUAGCUUUAUCGACUUGCGUUGCAAAAAUGACAUUUGUGUUGCAGUCUUUCCCGCAGUCAGUGCGUCUUUGAGAGUGCGCUUUAGGUUUCUUGGUGUAGCUGUUAGAGGGAGCGCUGGACAAACUUGGACUAAAGGGAUGCGCUAACGAGUGCAAAUCUUGGCAGGGAUCAUUUACUGAGGAUUGGAAAUGGAACACACUAGGCUGUGCGCAUGGGAUGAGACUCCUUAUUUGUCAGUUUGAAAGUAGAAUAAUCUAUCAAUACGCGCUCAUAACUUACACGGACUGAAAUCUGAAGAAGAUCACGGUAAUAAACGCAGGAUUUUUAUUUAUUUAUUUAUUUUUUAUUUUUAAUGGAAGUUAUGACUGCUUUGAAUGGAUAUUAUAGCUUCCUGAAGUUCUUUUGAUUCCUGUACUGUGUCGGAGAUUGGAGGUUUGGACACCAGCCUCUGGGAUCACCGGUGGAUAUAUCAACUGCGGACCGUUUGGCAACGCGUCAAGCGCACAUAGAGAAGUCUCUGACUCAGGCAGAUCUUCUGAUGACCUAAUGGAACAGAAUUUACGAGCAGUGCUGUUGUGGGUCCUGGUGCUGCUGUGUGGCUCCACUAAAGGCAGUAUCCUGUACCGGGUCCAAGAGGAGCAGCCCCCCAACACUCUAAUUGGUAGUCUUGCAGCAGACCAGGGUCUGCCAGACUCGGGUCAUCUCUACAAGCUGGAGGUGGGUGCCCCUUACCUUCGUGUUGACGGAAAGACAGGAGACAUUUUCACCACGGAGAUCCCUAUAGACAGAGAGACGCUUAAGGACUGUCGCUCCCUGGCUAAGGGUAAGCCCUGUUACUUGGAGUUUGAAGUAUCAGUGACAGAUCUGAUACAAAACCAGAGUCCAAGACUCAUUGAAGGGCGUAUUGAGGUACAGGACAUCAAUGACAACACCCCUCAGUUUCCCUCUUCUGUGCUCACCAUCUCUGUCCCCGAGAACACAAUGAUGGGUGCACUUUUCUCCAUCCCUCUUGCCACAGAUAGGGACUCAGACAGGAAUGGCGUGGCUGAUUAUGCCCUGACUGCAGGGCUAGAUGCAGCAACCCUGUUUGGUUUACAAGUGGCUGAGGACAGAGGGGAAAAGCUCCCACAGCUUAUUGUCCUGGGCAACUUAGAUCGUGAGUUAAAGGAUUCCUACGACCUCACCAUCAAGGCAGUGGAUGGAGGAAACCCACAGCGCUACAGCAGUGCUUUGCUAAGAGUGGUUGUCACCGAUGCCAAUGAUAACUCUCCAAAGUUUGAGAAGUCGACAUAUGAGGCAGAGGUUUCGGAAAACAGUCCAGUUGGGCACUCUGUGCUGCAGGUCAAAGCAAAUGACUCUGAUAUGGGCCCCAAUGGAGAAAUUGAGUACACCCUUCACCAAGCAGUAGAUCCAGUGCCAAAGCUCUUACGAAUUGAUCGGUCAACCGGCAUAAUUUAUGUCAAAGGUCCUCUGGACAGAGAGGAAAUCAGCAGUUUGUCCUUCUAUGUGGUGGCAAGAGACAAGGGUCCUCAACCUAAAAGCUCCAAAACUUUUGUGACAAUUGAAGUGACCGACCAAAACGACAAUGCUCCAGCUGUGGAGAUUCGUGGAAUUGGUCUCGUGACCCACAGUGAAGGAGUGGCUAACAUUUCAGAGGACAUGCCAGUGGGAACAGCCGUCGCUUUAGUGCAAGUAUCUGAUAAGGAUGAGGGAGAAAAUGCUGUAGUCACUUGUGUAGUGGCAGGAGAUGUGCCCUUCCAGCUUCGCCCAGCCAGCGACUCUUCUAGUGACAACAAGAGGAAGUAUUUCCUGCAGACAACCACUCCACUUGACUACGAAAGAGUUAGGGAUUAUCGAGUUGAAAUUGUGGCUGUGGACUCUGGAAACCCAGCGCUCUCCAGUACAAAUUCUUUAAAGGUGCAGGUGACUGAUGUGAAUGACAACUCUCCAAUAUUCUCCCCAACCUUGUUUGAGGUAGAUUUUGCAGAAGAGAACCAACCAGGGGAAAAGGUUGUGGAUGUUACUGCCUCAGAUGCAGACAGUGGCACUAAUGCAGAACUUGUCUAUAAUAUAGUGGCAGACUCAUCUAUCAAAGGUCUGUUUGAAAUCGACUCAAAUACGGGUGAAGUAAGAGCCCGAAGCCCCCUUGAUCGAGAACAUAAAGAGCGCUAUGAGUUCCGGGUCACUGCAGCAGAUAAGGGUUCACCUGUUCACAAAGGAACAGCAACUGUGGUAAUAAAAGUCCUUGAUCGAAAUGACAAUGACCCCAAGUUUAUGCUUAGUGGCUACAGCUUUUCAGUUCUGGAAAACAUGCCUCCCCUCAGUCCAGUUGGCAUGGUGACGGUACUGGAUGUGGACAAAGGUGAGAAUGCCCGUGUUCACCUCUCUGUGGAGCCUGAUGGAGGAAAGUUUGUAGUCCAAAAUGGGACAGGCACAAUUCUCUCCAGCAUUUCAUUUGACAGGGAGAAGGAAAGUAGCUAUACUUUUCGUCUAAAAGCAGUGGACGGAGGAGAACCACCUAGGUCUUCGUAUGUGGGUGUCACCAUCAAUGUCCUGGAUGAAAAUGACAACGAUCCUGUUGUCACCAAGCCUUCUAAUUCCUCCUUCAAGCAACUGUCCCCUCUAGCUUCCCCAGAUCAUCAUGUGGAAAUAGUGGAAGCUGAAGAUUUGGACAGUGGGCCCAAUGCCGAGCUAGUUUUUAGUAUAGCAGGUGGAAACCCUUAUCAGUUAUUCCGAAUCUCCCCCACCAGUGGAGAGAUCACUUUAGCUAAGGAGAUGACACGAAAACAUGGUGGACUACAUCGUUUAGUGGUGCGAGUAAGUGACAGGGGAAAGCCUUCACGCCACGCCACUGCCUUGGUCCACAUCUACGUGAAUGAAACCAUUUCGAAUGUCAGCUUAGUGGAAGCCCUAGUUGGACACAGUCUCUACACUCCACUAGACAGGGACAUCGCCGGUGAUCCUGACAAUGGAUUUGCAGCACAGCGAAGUAACAUUUUGUUUGGAAGCCUCGCUGGUGUGGCAGGUGUUGUCAUGUUGAUCUUGGUGGUAGUAUUUAUCCGACACCGCAUCCAGAGAGAAACUAAGAGCGGUUAUCAGGCUGGCAAGAAAGAAACAAAGGACUUAUAUGCACCCAAACAGGCACCAAAAAAUACUAAAGGUAAACGAGGCAGAAAGGGAAAGCCCCAGAAGUCCUCCAAACCACUCGGUGAAGAGGAGGAAGUCAGCCUUCAAAAAAGUCUAAAGUUCAACCUCGAUGGUGUCAAUGAUAGCCCCAGGAUACACCUGCCCUUGACAUAUUCACCAGGAAGCCCAGAUAUAGGCAGGCACUACCGCUCCAACUCCCCCCUACCCUCCAUCCAGCUGCAGGCACAGUCCCCAUCGGCUUCGCAGAAGCACCAGGCCGUCCAGGACCUUCCUGCCGCCAACACCUUUGUAGGAACGGGAGGAGAUGACAACUCCACCGGCUCAGACCAGUACUCAGAUUACAGCUACAAGACCAGCCACCCGAAGUACAACAACAAACAGCAUCCCCAUCGGCGAGUGACCUUCUCUACUACCAACCCUGUGCAAGACCUGCAGGAUGCCUCUCAGCACAGCUAUUAUGACAGCGGUUUGGAGGAAUCGGAGACACCCAGCAGUAAGUCAUCAUCUGGUCCUCGCAUCGGACCCCUGACCCUGCCUGAGGACCACUAUGAGAGAACCACUCCUGACGGCAGCAUUGGAGAGACUGAACACCCUGAAAAUGAUAUCCGCUCCCUCCCCGAUGUGGCUAUGACCGGAAACUGUACAACCGAGUGCAGCGAAUUGGGCCACUCAGACGCCUGCUGGAUGCCCGGGCAUCCUUCCCCUGUACGCAAGACCAGGAACCCCCCGAAACUCUCUACCUUCGUGCCUUACCAGGAGAGAGGGAGCCUGGGACGCCUGGCCAAUGGGAGCGCCAGGCUGGGUGGCGAGGAGCACCGGUCGCGCCUGCCACCCUCCCGCAGUGCCUAUUCCAGCAGCGGUCACGACGCCAGUCAAGACUGCCCAUUGGAGGAGAUGCCCCUCAGCGUAGCCUCCGAGUUCCCACCCACUUCUCCUUCUGCCCACACUCCAAAAAGAGAAAUCUACCUGUGAGGAAAACCAUCAUCUGAUCUGUGCACAAAUGAAGAAAAGAAACACCUACAUCAGAAGGAGAAACAGGCUGUCCACACGCUAAAGCCAAUGCCCUUUUUGUCAGCAACAAUAGGCUGUGACUCAUUCAAUCACUGGCAUGAACACUUGUUUUCGUCAUUCUUCUCCUUAAAUUAUUAAUUUAUUAGCAUAUUUAUUAAGAGUUCCACACAGUUAAUUGAUGCACUCAUUAUUUAUACAAAAUCUUGAAGGAUAUAAUUCAAACAGAUCAAAAGGAAGUGCAGAUGGUAAUUGCAACGUUAGUAGUAACUAAUUAUUGUUGUAGUUAGCCAAGUCCCAUUCUGUGAAGUGAUCUCUUCAAUUUGAAAGUUGUGCUCAGUGCUCUUGUGCCAUUAUUAGAUAUCAUUCAACAGUCAGUCAAGCCCUAUCAGAAGGCAUAAGAAUUUUGAUUAACAAUCAAAUGAAAUGGUCUAUCUUAAUGUACAGUGCUGUAAAUACAUUUGAAUGGUGUGUUCUACAUAUAUUUUUGUCUGGCAUAAGCUGAAAAAAGAUUGCCUCAGAAUUUUAGCAUAUUUAAGCUUUUCUUUGCUGCUGCUGUUUAAACUUGAUUGAAACCAUCUCCAGAUGUGGAGUUCGAUAUUGUGGAAGGCAUUUAUCCGCUCCACACAAUCACACACAGACACACACACAUACACACACACCUUUGACCCCUAAUCAUAGUAGAAUGGCCUUUACCUGUGCUCCCUGUAGAGCUUUGCCACUGGUGGAGAAGGCUGUGUGGCUGCAUUUAAACUGACAUUAUGUUCCACUGACUCUCAGCACUGUGACCUAUCGUUCAUCAUGAAAACGGUUGAUUUGGCCACAGUACCCCGGAGUCACAAUGACCAAAUAUAAAGUACUUACAAGAUGCAUUCUGAUUGGCCUUUCACUUCAAACAUUGUUACCCUCUCAGUUACUGGAAUCAUAUUAGUGUCUCAGUUUAAGACGCUCCUCUCGAUGGCGACAAUCAGACCAGCUCAUAGUGUUAACUCACAAAACCUUUUCUCUGCAACUGAAAAUUCUUUACCUCCCCAUAUACUGUAUGACCUUGUAUAGAUCUAAUGAACGCAUGAAAAGCUACUUAAAUGAGAUCAGAAAACGGCACGACAUUACUGAGAGAUCCUGGUAAAAGUAAGUACGAGUUGAAGUGGUGAAGAACAGGUGGUUUUCUUUGUUUAAAACUAUAUAUUAUGAUAUUAACUUCCCCAGAGGUGAAUUCAGUGAAUAAUGCACGAACUGGAUUAAUGUUUUUUUUUAUAUGGACCAAAUAGACCUCAAAGUCAAUGCAUAGAUUUGAAAUUAAAUCAAAAGGUCAUAUUUGGAACUCUUAUUUCAAUUCAGUAACUUCUACAGAAGCAGAGAACAUUUGAGCUUAAACAUAAGGUUAUAUGGUAUGAGUCAGUCUCAAUGUACUGCAGCUCCUGUUAUUUGACUUCCUUUAUAUUGAGGACAACAUGCUUAAUAACUUGUUAAGCAUUUUUCCUCCUUUGACUACUGAACAGACUAAAAAAUAGGACAUGCCCGUGGGCUUCAUUUAUCUUUACAAAGAUUUUUCCAAGUGAAUCUGAAGGAUAUGUCUGAAGGACACUAUGUAUUAGUCACUAAUUGGAUGUUAAUGAUGACUACACUAGCCUGCCUUACAACAUCGUAGAGCUAGACGGUGUCUUUGAUUUAAACAUUGAUUUGAUUAGAUUUGUAGAUACCUUUCACCUCUGCAGAGUAUUUCCAUAGUCAGAUUGUGUCUCUGAGUAAGGGUGGAAGAGCCUGGAAUGGACAUUUCCUAAUUAGGGUGAGUAAUGAGUCCUGAGCUAGGCCAUGUGUGAGCACACCCCCAGGACAAGGCACCCACUGGAUAAUGCAAAUCCACCCACAGAGCUACAAUCAGUUAAAGGGGGUAUUUUUAUCUGCACUUACCUCAUCAUGCUGCCAUUGAAAACUGCGUUUAGAAUAAUUAAACUGAAAACAUAUGGAAAUUACUGGACAUGGCCAUGAUUAAAUAAGGUGGGCGAUUAUCCUGCCUUGAGGGGGAGAAAGCACAUUAUGCCGUUUUCAAAGCCAUUUAGCGACUGAAAUAAAAUUCAAACAACAGCCAUGAUACACUGUGAUUAAACCCCCACGGCUCGCCCAAGCGACCCUCUCAGAGCUGUGGAUAGCCGCUUCAUGAACUGAAAGCAGCGGGUAGGAUCACUGACCUGGAAUUAAUGACAAGUGAGAAAGAUAGCAAUGAGUGAUAAAGCCAAUGUCACAUAGCCUCAAUCACAACUUUAUCUAUUUAAAUGCUUUGACUCAAUUCAGAUUCACUUAUUCUAGCUGUUCUGUGUCAAGAUUUAUCUCUGGGGUUAAAUCUUAACCUGAUACCAGCCUAAGAACACUUAUCGCUUCAGUGAAUCUGCAAUGUAUCUUCAGAUUUGUCUUUUACAUAAAUUAAAAGGGGGAGCUUUUAAGAUAACUGGGAGUCAUCGGCUGUUGCUCUGAAUGAAAUGACAGGAGUUUGAUUUAAGUCCUCUCCAAAAUAAAAACAAGCUGGGGCCUUCUUUUUUUUUUCCCCUCUUGUCGUGAUGAGUUGGACUCUUUCAUGCCAGCUGAUAAUGACCUACUCCUCUCCCCUGGAACAAUAUAUCACAAGGUUUGACCUUUCUUUUGAACUCAUGCUGAAUGAACUGUGUUUACUCUUGCAAACACAGAAUGGUUCUCCUUGAUCAAAAUAAGAGGACAUCAUGAAGCACCUAAAUACACUCAGUACGUUGAGUAAUGUUUAAUUUGUACUUAACAUUAAUUUAAUGUUGAAUUCACUUGAGUAUCUUUUGCCUCUCUGUAGUGUGUAUUGUAUGGUGAUCAUUUCUGUGGACAGAUGGACAAAAUACUGUACUGAAAUUGGCAGGGGGGGGGUUUAUUACUGAUCAGACUCUUAACAAACUGGUUGUGUGAAAAAAAUACAGAAAUCUGUUGGUGGUGUAGUGUACAUAGAUCUCCACAGCCCUGUGUCUGCUGUCGAGCAGGCGACGAUUUUAGCAUGAAUUCCAAAGAUAAUUGGUAGAAACUGUUUACUCUUUUUCUUUGACUUUACUUUCUGAAAUGUUAGUGCUGGUUCAUAUUCAAAAGGCCCUCUCCCAAAUGGACUGAAAUUAACUGAACAUUUCAUCUUUUUCACAGUUCAUCUCAAACAAAGACAAUUGCCUUGAAAAUAUGUCUU